CUCAUUGAAUUUUACUUGGCCUAAUAAUAAAAAACACAGGUUCAUAAUGCAAAAGUUGGUCCAAGAUGAUAUUUUUUAGGCAUGUUAGGCCCAAUAAUAAAAAAAAAUUAAAACUCUGGCCCAAUAACCAGGUAGGUAGAAUCUGGUCCAUUAGGGUUUUGAUACUUUCUGGACCCAAGUUCUUGGUUUUGCACCAGAGGUCGCGGCGGUUAGCCGGAGAGGAGAAACAGAGCGACGGUAGAUCUUUACAUGCUCUUGAAGUCGAUUUCACCUGCACUUUGGAGGGGACUCUUCUGAGGACUACCGAAUUUGAAGGAUGUAGAAGAACAACCGACCUAAAUGGUGGGAGCAAGGGCACAAAGGCCGAGCCACAAGAGGUUCUCGACGACGGUGAGAUGCAUCGUCGGAAAAAGAUAGCAAGCGACAUGGGAAGAUCUACCUUUUGAGAAAGCACCAAAAUCGGCGAUGUAAAACGAGAGGGUUGAAGCCAGAGAGAAACUCGGAGGACGACAAGCAAGCCAGCAUCGUCGCUGUUAGGCCUGACGCAACUUACGGCGGAAAGAACUCCGCUAGGCAGAGAUCUCGAGAUAACCGAGAGCAACGAAAGCUCCAUCAUUCGAGAUUUCUUGGAGGCGCAAGAGUCAAAGAUAAUUCUCGGCGUUGGAAAACCAUUACACCGGAAGGAUAGCGUGACUUCGAGAAGGGUCAUCUCGCUGGCAAGAACAUCACCAAAAGAUUUGUUUUACUCCACCAACAUAUCCAUGAGUUUCACAUCUGAAGGAAGAAGAUCUGAAUAUGGGGAGAGCAUCAGAGCCAUCGGAAGAGGCAGGUGAAUGGCCGACGGUGGUAUGCAAAAGUAUAACUCUUCGGGAAACUCCCGAGAAAAUCUAGAUCUGAUGGAUCUGAGGAGAUAAACGAGAGUAAACUCGAAAUUAACAGAGGGAAGAAGGAUGGAAAGAUGCAUAAGAGAACUAAGAGGAGGAUGAGCAACCCGACGCCGGCGAGCAACAGCUCAACCGGCGUCGGAAAGUAAAACUACGCUUGAAGCCUCGACAAUGGUGCCCAAGUGUGAAAUUAACUAAACGGUGUCAUAUUGACUUUUUUUAAUACGACGUCGUUACUUGAUUCUUAACACAAAAUAAAAUGUAAUUGCGUAGCUUUUCCGAUUUCGUAUCCAAAACUCUCUCACUCACUCAGCCAUGGCUCUUCUUCGUCUUCCUUGCAUUUCCCUCCAAAUUCUAGGUCACAAAUCAAACCAGAAGAACCCUAAUUCCAAGGUUUCGCUUAGCAAUUACUCUUUCGCUUGGUCUUCUUCUUCUUCGCUAUGUUGCUCAGUUCAAGCAAAAUCGAGAAACCUUACUUCGUACUUCUCCGCUACUACUCAAGAGCCCAUCCUCGAAUCUGCGGCUACUGUCUCUUCUUCUUCUUCUUCUUCUGUGGAAGUCGAAGACGAGAUUUCGAAAACGAGAUUGAUUGCUCAGAACGUUCCAUGGGCAGCUACACCUGAAGAUAUAAGGUCGUUGUUCGAGAAGUACGGCAGUGUCGUCGACAUUGAGAUGUCUAUGCAUAAGAAGGAAAGGAAUAGAGGUUUGGUAUUCAUUGAAAUGGGUUCCCCUGAAGAAGCUGCUACAGCUCUCAAAUCUCUCGAAUCCUAUGAAUAUGAGGGUCGUCGUUUAAAGGUAGACUAUGCAAAGGCCAAAAAGAAGAAGACAUAUGCGCCGCGGGAGAAGCCUUCGGCAGUGCCUACAUUCAAUUUGUUUGUUGCAAACUUGGCAUUUGAAGCAAGGGCUAAGCAUCUUAAGGAGUUCUUUGAUGCAGACACUGGCAACGUUGUCUCCACUGAAGUUAUAUUCCAUGAAAAUCCAAGGAGGUCGAGUGGUUACGGGUUUGUCUCUUUCAAAACCAAGAAACAGGCCGAGGCAGCGAUUAUAGAGUUCCAAGGAAAGGAUUUUAUGGGAAGACCAAUCCGAUUAGCACGUAGCAAACAGUUUGUUAAGCUGCAAGCAAAAGAAGGGUUGCAGCCACCGGAGGAGGAGGAGGAGGAGGAACCAUCAUCUGAGUCUGAGACAGUGACCGCAGAGGACGAAACUCCAGCUGCAGAGAACUGAGGAGGAUUGUUGCUGGAAGGUAUUGGAAUUGUAGAAGAAGCUUUUCGAGCUUUUAGGUUUUCUUCUUCAUAGUUUUUGACCAGCAAGAGGAGUGGUUACAUACGAGUACCAAACCUUUAGUAACUGGUGGAGAAGUAAGAAGUACAAAACCGAUUUUGUUAGAACUGAAAACUAGUAGAGACCGAGUAUACCAAAACGUCAGUUUCAGACCAGAUCAAAAUCUUAAGAAACAAACCCCAUGUGGGUUUGAGAAACUUGCUUAGUUAAGUCAAACACAAUGCUUUAUUUUGUUGGUCAUCUAUCUAGUCUUCGAUUGCUUUUUCGCGUUUGUUAUAUGUUUAGUGUGUAAUGUGUAUUCUUCUUUUUAUAUAUGAAACCUUAAAUCUUAAGAAUC